AUGAGGGUCCACUCUCGCCUCUCCGCUGAGUCAACACUUCACUCCCUCUGUCAGCACUACCCUUGCAAGAGGAAGGAGCUAUCGCAGCAGCACCAUCUUCCCACUGGAGCACAUGAAGAUGAAGACGAUGAAGAAGUUGCUGCAAUCAUUCCAGUGAGACUUUCUGGAGGAGUCACUGAAUGUGAAGGGUUAAUAGAAGUGAAAUAUAAAGAAGAAUGGAGAGGAGUUUAUGGAGAAGAAGAGAAUAUCACUUCUGUGGUCUGUAGACAGCUGGGAUGUGUCACCCCGAAUAUACAGCAUCAUGUGACCACAGGAGAUACAUUUGUGAAUGAUGUCAGGAGAGAUUUGGAUGUAAAUUGUGCAGGAGAAGAGUCGUCCUUAUCACAAUGUCAAUAUAAAUCAGACAAUCAAUUAUAUAGUUCUGCAAUUCUGAUAGGAGUGAGAUGUUCAGGUCACAGAGAAUAUCGUCUAGCUGAUGGACCUGACUCUUGCUCAGGACAUUUAGAAACACGUCAUAUUGAUACCUGGGGAUCUGUUUGUGAGAUUGACCCAGAGCUAAGAGUGGCCAAUGUACUUUGUAGAGAACUUCAGUGUGGAGAAGCAGUGCCGACAUUACUGAGCUAUUCAAGACCUGGACCAAUAUGGACCGAGCAAAUCCAUUGUACUGGUAAUGAGUCCAGGCUGUAUGACUGUGCAAGAUAUCCUGGAGUAGACGAAAGCUGCACCAAACAUGAUUCUCCUGUGAUUGAAUGUAGAGGUUUAUUUUCUAGCUACAGAGUUGUGAAUGGUAGUCAGGACUGUUCUGGGAGAGUGGAGGUGUUAUAUGAAGGACAUUGGAUGGUGGUAUGUGGAUCGCAUUGGAGUCUACAAGAGGCUAAUGUGCUCUGUAGGCAAAUGAAAUGUGGAGCUGUUGCCUCUGUUCCAGGUGGAGGCCAUUUUGGAAAAUAUAAUGUUACUACCACAUUCAGAUUCCAUUGUACAGGUGCAGAAUAUCACCUUGAAGAAUGUAGUAUAACUGCAUUAGGAAAUAGCAAAUGUCCAUCCUGGAAUACUGCUGGUGUUAUAUGCACAGGUGAAGAGGAGACGAUUAGGCUGAUGGAUGGAGAAGAUCAUUGUGCUGGAAGACUGGAGAUCCUCACAAAUAAUACAUGGAGCAGAACUGUCAGUGACCAAUGGGGCAUCAAUGAGGCUCAGGUUGUGUGCAGAGAAUUACAUUGUGGUCACGUGAUUGAUACAAUUAAUGUCACAUCACCAACAACAACCAAUGGUCAUGUGUAUCUCUGGGGAUAUUGUCAAGGAAAUGAGACCCAACUCACAGAUUGUUCUGUUACUACAUUAUCUGAUACAAAGGCACAAACUGAUAAUGAAAACGACAUAGAAAUUAUUUGCUCAGAAAGUAAACAGUUGAGACUGGUAAAUGGCUCUGCCCGAUGUGCAGGAAGAGUGGAGAUUUAUCAUAAAGGAAGAUGGGGGACUAUCUGUGAUGACUCCUGGGAUAAAGCAGAUGCAGAUGUGGUCUGUAGGCAGCUGGGUUGUGGUUUCGCUGUCACAGCUACGACGGAGGCCUAUUAUGGGAGAGGAACUGGUGACAUCUGGCUGGAUGAUGUGGAAUGUGAAGGAAAUGAGACGCAUAUUUGGGACUGUCCUCUAAAGCAGUUUGGUGAACAUGACUGUGGUCAUAAGGAAGAUGCCGGUGUAAUAUGCUCAGAAUUUUUGGAUCUCCGCUUGGUUGAUGGAAAACAGGAAUGUGAGGGGUGGCUGGAAGUCUAUUAUAAUGGAAGAUGGGGAUCUGUGUGUAAUAAUGUUAUGCCGGUGUUGUCAUGCUCUGUUAUCUGUAAACAUCUGAACUGUGGAUCAUCAGGACGGCUGGAGACAAGAAUAGAUAAUAAUAGGAGAAAACCCUUCUGGGUGGAUCAUAUCAACUGCACCAAGUAUAGUAAACUAUUAUGGGAGUGUCCAUCAUCUCCAUGGAAUAUAGAAUCCUGUAAUGACAGAGAUCUUGCUUAUAUAAUUUGUGAGGGAAACAGAAAGCUUGUUCAGAGCUACCCGACAUCCCAGAAUUUUUCAGACAAUGACAGGAUUCGUCUUACAGGAGGAGUAAACAACUGCUCGGGCAGAGUAGAAGUGUUAUUCCAAGGAGAAUGGGGAACAGUGUGUGAUGAUGACUGGGAUAUCAGAGAUGCAGAAGUCGUCUGUAGACAGAUAGGAUGUGGCUCAGCUAUGAACGCCACCACAGAGGCCAUGUUUGGAAAAGGAGAUGGUCCCAUAUGGCUGAGUGAGGUGCAAUGUAAAGGAUAUGAACGAUCUCUACAGGAUUGUUGGUCGAAACGUUGGAAUAAAAGUGAUUGUCUCCACAAGGAAGAUGCCGGAGUCGUAUGUCUUGGUCCUGAGGACAAUUUUACUCCGACUACACUGACCACAACAACAGCCCAGCGUCCAGCGCUGCAAUCCACGUCCAGAAUCCCGAAUGUGUUUCUUAUAAUCUUCAUUUCUUCCCUCCUCCUUCUUGCUAUUGCAGUCAUUAUAAUAAUUUACCUGAUAAGACAAUCCAAGUGGUAUAAAAAAGUCCUCAGAAACUUCAUGUCAGUCUCUUCCCAUGACCCGGUGUAUGAAGAUGUAAAUUUCAGGUUUAUGGAGAAAUAUGAGAGUUUUUCCCAGAAAUCAGUUGAUAACCUCAGUGAUCUUGAAGAGAAAUUGGAAUACUACACGUCUGAAGAGAGAAGUGAUGAGAUUCUAGGUCAAGGAGCUGAGAUUGACAGGAUUACCUCAUAUGAUGAUGUAGACCUUCAAAAUAAAGGAAAAAAUUCACCAGAUUUCCCUUUGGAGAACAAGACUUCAGAAUAUGGUUAUGAUGACACUGGGUUAUCUUACGAGAAUGAUGAAUCAAAAACUGUGGCUGAGAAAAAUGGAGGAGAACAUGGAUACGAUGAUGUGGAUACUGGAGAUUUGUCUAAACCUUUGUACACUAAUGGAGAAAUCAAUAUACAAGAUAACAAAGAACGUCCGGAGUCAUCUUGGAAGGACAGACAGAGUGCUGAUGAAAAUAUUUCCAUAUCCAACAACCAAGAUACAAUUCUUCUCUCUGAGGACCAUGAAUAUGAUGAUUCCAUGUCUGCAUGACCAAAACCAAACCAGCGGAUGUCCCAGAAAAAUAAAUCCCCAGGAUUAUCAUAGAGACUAGAGGGGUUCUUAUAUCUGUAUAUCUAAGGUUUAAUGUAAUGAAAAUGUUUAAUCGGAAAAUGAUCUAUUGUUUAAUUCAAGUUUUUGGGUGGAACUUUAUUGGUGAUUUUUGUUGAUGUUCCUGUCUCAAUUCCAAGAACAAUAUAUGAAGGAGACCAGGCAUGGCCCAUCCCCUGCCAAAUACCAUCCUUACAGUGAAGCAUGGUGGAAGCAGCUUCAAGCUGUGUGGUGCUUUCUAUGGACUGGGACAGUUGAAUGGAGCAAAGUACAGAAAAAUUCCUAAAGAAAACCUGAUCUAGAGUGUUCUGGGCCCCAGACUGGGCCAAAGGUGCCCUUACCAACAUGACAUCACAGGAGCGGCUUAGGGACAUCUCUGUGAAUGUUAUUGAGUUGCCCAACCAGAGCCCUGACUUGAACACAACCAGAGUCCUGGCUUCCACAGAUGGUUCUAUCCAACCUGAGCUUGAAAGGAUCUAUAGAGAAGAAUGACAGAAAAUUCACAAAUCCAGGUGUGCAAACCUUGUGGCCUCAUCCUAAGGAAGACUGGAGGUUGCAAUUGCUGCCAAAGAGGCUUCAACCAAGUAAAGGGUCAGAAUACUUAUGUCAAUGCAAAAGUUUUUCCUUUUUGAUAAUUUAGCAAAUAUUUUCAACAUAUCUGUUUUAUUUUAUCAUUAUGGGGUUUUGUUUGUAAAUUAAUGGGGAAAGGCUGCUACAAAACAGAAUGU